UCUUUAAGAGGCUGACCCUAUCCCACGGUGAGCCUUUAUAAAGGCAGGUAAGCAGCAGUGCCCUGAUCAAAGAGCUGAGAGUUAAGCAGGGCACAGCUCUCCUGUAAUGACUGGUCACCACGGUUGGGGAUAUGGGCAGGAUGACGGACCCUCUGAGUGGUACAAAUCUUAUCCUAUUGCCCAAGGGAACCGUCAAUCACCUAUUGAUAUAGCUUCUGCAAAAGCAGUUUAUGACCCUAGUCUGAAGCCGCUUAAUAUCUCCUAUGAAUCGUGUACAUCUCUCAACAUCUCCAACAAUGGCCAUUCAGUUAUGGUUGAGUUUGAAGACACCGAUGACAAGACAGCAAUCAGUGGCGGUCCCUUUGAAAAUCCCUUUCGGCUAAAGCAGUUUCACUUUCACUGGGGGACAAAGCACAGUCAGGGAUCGGAGCAUACAGUUGACGGCAAACCUUUUCCCUCUGAGCUCCACUUAGUUCACUGGAAUGCCAGAAAAUAUGCAACAUUUGGAGAAGCAGCAGCAGCUCCAGAUGGCUUGGCAGUAGUUGGUGUUUUCUUGGAGAUUGGGAAAGAACAUGCCAAUAUGAACAGACUCACUGACGCUUUUUACAUGGUAAAAUUUAAAGGGACAAAAGCUCAGUUUAGAAGCUUCAAUCCCAAAUGUCUCCUGCCUUUGAGUCUAGAUUAUUGGACGUACCCUGGUUCCUUGACAACACCGCCUCUUAAUGAGAGUGUAACAUGGAUAGUGCUGAAAGAACCCAUCAGGAUUUCUGAGAAACAGUAAGUUAUUUCACAUGAAUUUGCAGCUGGAGAAAUUCCGAACUCUUCUCUUCACCAGUGAGGAAGACCAGAGGAUCCAAAUGGUGAAUAAUUUUCGCCCUCCUCAGCCUCUUAGGGGGAGAGUAGUUCGAGCUUCCUUCAAGGCCUGAAGAAGAAAACUGAUAAUGGCCCUGAAAUAUCCAAAGCUUCCACAUCUGGGAGACCAAAACCAAACUCUAGCCUUUAGCUCUCCACCCCAUGGAGCACACAAGAUAGCCAUUUCUGUGAACACUCUCUACUUGGAGGGGGAGAAAUCAUCUCCUGAUUUUAUUUUAUUUGAAUAAGACUUUUUCUUUGGAAAAACAUGAGAUCUUUUUAACUAAAACUUUUUUAAAUAUAAGGGAUAGCUGAGUAAUCUGGAGUGCUCUCCAGGACCUUAAACUAAAAUAUUAAGAUGAAAUUAAAAUCCCUUUUAAUAUAAAAUGGGAAACUGAUCUAUCACAUUUUAUAACAUAAAAUAGGAAAUGAUAGUUAUCUAUUAGUACUGAUUACCUCAACUUCUAGUUGUCUAAUUUAAUACAUGAUAUAAUAAUCAAGAAUUUUGAUGGGCAAAUUAGGCUUAAAUCUUCCUGCCGACUUCUCAUAGAUCUUUUACUUGUUAGCAUCUGUGCUUUGCUGAGUUUCCUUGACUUAGACUCCUUUCAUAUUCUUGCUGUCUUUUGACAUGUAACAGUGUGCAUCAGUAGCACUAGAGGAAAAGUUGUUCUUUACCUCCAAUAAGCACUGGUACAAAAAUGGCAUACUCAUUUUAAAGUUACUGUUCUAUGAUGCUGUAAUUGAUUAAAAUAAAUAUAAUGUUCUCAGCAUUUAUAAGCAGGCCAUUUUACUGCACUGUAUUGUUUGAACAUUCAUUCUUAGCCAAUGCAGCAUGCAUAAUUAUAAUGCCCUCAUUACUUUUAGUUGAAAAGAACAUCUGCAGCAAUUCAGGCACAUAUUUUGUAGCUGUUAUGAUAUUGUUCAAAUUCUACCUCAGUUACGUGCUUUGCCCUGCAAGUCUUCCCCCACCCUGCCCCCAAGACUGUAUACAUACUGCUUUGCUUUAGGGACCUGACACAGAUAGAAACAGACUGCACUGAAUGCGCACUGCUGUGCAAACCAUUUCCUAGUUAUAUCUGUAGAGAGUAUCUCUGACCUGCUGCCAUAAGGUUUCAUCAGUCCUGAGUACUUUUACAUCCUCAAAAGAGUUGCUUUAGAAAAGACAUACUUUAGUAUUAUUACUGCUUCUGCUGCUUUCAUGACAACUCUUCAGAAUUCUGUUUUGCCCAGAAAUAAAUACAGUGUUAGCUGUAACUAUUCUCAGUCUAUUUUCAGUUGUUUUCAUUCUGGACUUCAGGUGUUUUAUUUACUCUGUAUAACUUCAAGUAGAAUUGCUGAUGUCUUAUUGGUUUUCUUCAACAGCUUAGAUUACUAUCCCUCAGAGCUGUAAAAUUUAAAGGAAAGCAGCAAAAAAAAAAAAAAGGAGAGGGGGGAGAGAAAUAGCUAUUAUGGGCAAAUCUUUACAGAAAGGAAGAAAAAGAUAUCUUGAAGCAUAGUACUAGGAAUAGAAGACCAGGAUUCUAGACCCAACUCUUCUAUAGUUUUCCUGGUACACUGUACUAAACUUUUCCAUUCCUCAGUUUCUUCUGCUGUAAAAUUAGGAAACCUCACAGGGAUGUUGUGAAGGCUAAUUCAGCAUUGUUUAGAUUCGAGAUUCUUGCAUACAAAAUGUUGCAGGAAAUGGAAAAUCACUACAAAGUACAAUUUUUUAACUAUUAAUGUAAUCUGGCUAGUAAUGCAAACAGAUAUUGCAGAAAAAUUCUUAUUGUAUCUUCGUUUCUUUAACAAAUGAAAUCAAUAAGGUUUUAAAAUCAAGUAUGUAUCUUCUCCCUCUAUAUUUUGAACCAGCCUACUUCUCCCAACCUAAAUGGAGGGAGAGAAGAGGAAAGGACCACUUUCCACAGCAGUUUGGUGUUUUUUUUCUCCCCUUGAACUCUUAACAGAAAACAUUGCUUAGUAUCUUCAGCCAAUAGGAUUUGAGCAAGUCACCAAUACAUCUGCCUUGGAUGAAGGAAUGAUUUGAUGUCUUUCC